UACUAUAUUUAAUACCAUGAUAAAGUGGUUUCGGCUGCUAUGCAUUAUCUUGGUGAUUCAUGAAUCCACAAGUAAAUGGUGCCAACAAGACCUCUGCAAUGGCCAGCACGUCCUUUGCAAGGAUAAUGGGAAAUUUCAAUCCACUUGCCCCAGGGAUGCCACAGCCACCGUGAAAAUGAGCCAGGAUAUGAUUAACAUAAUCGUUGACAAACACAACGAUUUCCGCAAUAAGUUUGCCGGGGGUAUAGGUAAUCAUGCGAGGGCAGCGAGAAUGACUACCAUGCAGUGGGAUUCGAGACUGGCCACAGUUGCCGAUGCUCUGGUGCGCCAAUGUCAGCCCAUCAGAGAUCAGUGCAGCAGGACUAAAAAAUAUCCACACACCGAAGUCAGUUACUCUCUGGAAAAGUACUUCUGCAUGACAACGAAAAAGAACGCGCUGAUAAAACAACUUGAGUUAUGGUUUGAUCCAAACAGUAAGGAAGACGCGAAAAAAUUAUUUUUAUCUCUGAAGGAACAGGAGCAGGAGUUUUCGAAAAACUACUUUCAGGUUAUCCGAGAUCGAACCAAUCGUGUGGGCUGUGCGAUAGUUGAAUUUAUUAAGCCAAGCUUAGUCCACCAAUUACUCAAGUGCGUUUACAACUGUGGUGUGAGUCUCUGCGAGGACAACAAUAAUCCUGUCUACGAGCAAACUGAUAACGAGGCGACUGGAGAGUGUAAACGUGGCUCAAAUAUGAAUUAUAAAAACCUUUGUCACAAGGAUGAACUUGUCAAAAACUGCGAUGGCGGACAUCUCUUUGUCGUCCAUGGAAAUGAUGACGACUAUGAACCAAAGCCUACUAAAUAUCCACUUCCGGAAUAUAUAAUAGGUUUCUCAUUGCCACCAAUCCCAGACAACCCUCCUAUAGAAUAUAAAUCCAUGCCAUAUGACAAUAAUAAGAAAUCUGAUAGUCUGGCAUAUCUCAGAGAUUUUUCUUUGCCAGAAAUACCAGAUAACCCUUCUAUAGAUUUUAGAUCCAACCCCUACAAGGCAAAACAAAAACACAAAAUUGAAAAAAAUUCAACGCUUUCAUCGAUAGCAGGCAACCAUCUUAUAAAAUCAAGAUCCAAACUCUCUAAAGCAAAACAAAAUUUAAAAACUUAAGAGAUUGAACAAAAUCAACUAAAAUCAACUAAACUUCCAGCAUAGAUCAUAAUUUCUAAUAUCCAAUAAUACCAGACAACCAUGUUGUAGAAUCCAGAUAAGAACGGAAAUAAAAUAAUAAAUUUUAUUAAAAAAAACUUAA